AUGUCAGGUUUGGGAGCAGUUCCCGACUCGAUAAACUUCCCAAACGAGGAACAAAAGAUUCUCAAACAUUGGGAGAAGGACGAGACUUUCAAGAAGUCCUUGGAGUAAGUUUUAUUUUGUUUGCUUUUAUUGAAUUUUUAGGUAGAUAAUGAGUUUUGGAUGCCAAAGGUUGAGCUUAGCAUAGUUUUUGAGCUUGAGGUUUUAACUUUCGCAUUUUUCUGAAAAAUUUAGACAUUUUUGAAAUAAAAUACGAUUACUCGAAUUUCGAUUGAACCAAAAUUUAUAGAUUGUCAAAAGACCGACCUCAUUUUACCUUCUAUGACGGUCCUCCGUUUGCUACUGGUCUUCCUCAUUAUGGCCACAUCCUCACAGGUACCAUCAAGGAUGUAGUUACUCGUUGGGCAGCUCAAACUGGCUAUUAUGUUGAGCGAAGAUUUGGAUGGGAUACUCACGGUCUUCCGGUUGAGUUUGAAGUUGACAAGACUCUGGGUAUCAAAGGUCCAAGCGAUGUUCAUGAAAUGGGCAUUGAUGUGUACAACAAUCAUUGUCGUAGCAUUGUUAUGAGAUACUCAAAUGAAUGGAGACAUACCGUUCAACGCAUGGGAAGGUGGAUUGAUUUCGAUAAUGAUUACAAGACUUUGUAUCCUUGGUUCAUGGAGUCGGUGUGGUGGGUGUUCUCCGAGUUGUACAAGAAGGACAUGGUGUACAGAGGAGUCAAGGUUAUGCCGUUCUCGACUGGUUGUUCAACGCCUUUGAGUAAUUUUGAGGCUGGACAAAACUACAAGGAUGUUCAGGAUCCGGCAGGUACGCUUUUUUCUUUGUUUUUUUUUUAAUUUUAGGUGCGAAGAUCUACAUUAACUAUGAUGAAAUAGUGAAAAACGUUGUCUUUUGUUUUAUAUUUAAAAAAAAUAAUGUAAAAUUUAAAGAUCUUGAAAUUUUUAUCUAACUUUAUAUUAUACUUCAGCUUUUGUUGGUUUCCAACUGAAAUCAAAUCCAAACAGAUCUCUGAUCAUUUGGACAACAACUCCAUGGACUUUGCCAAGUAAUUUGGCUAUUGCCGUCCACCCAGAUCUUGAAUAUGUUGCCGUGAAGCCAAAGGGAGUUGAGAAAGAAUAUGUGCUUCUGAAAUGUCGUUUGACUGAGUUGUGGAAGAAGGCUGAUCAAUACCAAAUUGUUGAUACUUUCUUGGGAAAGACUCUGGGAGGUCUUGAGUAUGAGCCAGUGUUCCCAUACUUCGCUUACAGAAGAGAAUCUGGAGCUUUCAAGGUUUUGCUGGGUACUUUUAUUACUACGGAUCAAGGUACUGGCUGUGUUCAUCAAGCUCCUUACUUCGGAGAGGUAUGUCUUUAAUUUUUUAUAUAGUUUUUAGGUAUUACGAGCUUUGAAAUGUAUGAAAAAAAGAUUUUAAGCUAUUUACGAAGCUUUUAAUUUAUUUAUUGAUCUUAUUUAGCAUUUUUAAAUCUAUUUUAGUUACUUUUUAUGAAAAAUAUUACCAACCCUUAUAUUAACAUCAACUUUUGUACAGAUUGAUUACACCACAUGUCUGGAGAACAACGUUAUCACCAAAGACGGUGAAUUGGUCUGCCCAGUGGAUGAGCAAGGUCGCUUUACAUCUGAAGUGACAGACUACAAGGGUAUCUAUGUUAAGGAUGCUGACAAGGCUAUUCUGAAACAUUUACAACAAACUGGACAUCUUGUGAAGCAAGCCACGGUGCAGCACAGUUACCCAUUCUGCUGGAGAUCUGAUACUCCAUUAUUGUACAAGGCUGUGCCCUCUUGGUUUAUUAGAGUGGAGAGUAUUGUCUCAAAACUGUUGGAGAACAACGACAAGACUUAUUGGUGGGUGUUGAAUUUCGAUUUUGAAAUUUUUAGGUUGAAAACAUCUAAAAUAAGUUUGUUUUAAACAAAAACUGCUUUUAAGGCUUAAGGUUAAUAAAUGAGUUAAAAUUAUAUAAAUUUCAGUUAUUUUAUGCAAAUAUUGUUUCAGGGUACCAACCUUUGUCAAAGAAAAGCGAUUUGCUAACUGGCUACGUGAUGCUCGGGACUGGGCCGUGAGCAGAAACCGCUUCUGGGGUACUCCCAUUAAUCUCUGGGUCAGUGAAGACAUGUCCGAAGUCGUAUGUCCAUCUUCUAUCAAAGAACUCGAAGAACUGACCGGACAAAAGAUCACUGACAUUCAUCGUGAAAGUGUUGAUGGCCUUACCAUCAAGUCAAAGUCAGGCAAAGUCUUGAAGAGAGUCAGCGAAGUAUUCGAUUGUUGGUUCGAAUCCGGAUCCAUGCCUUACGCUCAACAACAUUAUCCAUUCGAGAACAAACAACGUUUCGAAGCCAACUUCCCAGCCGAUUUCAUUGCUGAAGGUAUUGACCAAACUCGAGGUUGGUUCUACACCUUGUUGGUAUUGUCCACGGCCUUGUUCGACAAACCUCCAUUCAAGAACCUGAUUUGUAAUGGACUUGUGUUGGCUGCUGAUGGAAACAAAAUGUCAAAGAGAAAGAAGAACUACCCAGAUCCAUUGGAAGUUGUCGGAAAGUAUGGAGCUGAUGCUUUGAGAUUGUACUUGAUCAACAGUCCUGUAGUCAGAGGAGAAACCUUGAAGUUCAGAGAGGAAGGUGUUAGAGAUUUGCUGAAGGACGUGUUCUUGCCAUGGUUUAACGCUUAUCGUAUCUUGGCUUCGAAUUUGAGACUGUUUGAGUUGGUAAGUUGGGUUUUUUAUAUUAUUUGAUUUUUUUUUAAAUUUGAUUUGAUAGGAGCGCAGAAUUAAAUGAACGACCUUAUAAGUAUUUUAAAAAUAAUAAAUGUAUUCAUUCUUUAGGACACCAAAGCCAAGUUCGAUUUCCACACUGGAAAAGCCAGCAAUGUCAUGGACCGAUGGAUUGUCUCCUUCACCAACAGCUUGGUACAAUAUGUUCGCAAAGAGAUGGAACUCUACCACCUCUACACAGUCGUAACCCCAUUAACCAAAUACUUUGACACUCUUACCAACAUUUACAUCCGUCUCAACAGAAGCCGUUUUAAGCCAGAAAACGAGGAUGUUGAGGAUUGUCGUAUCGCUCUGUCGACUUUGGCCCAUGUUCUGGUUACGGUGGUCAGGCUUAUGGCACCAUUCACUCCAUACUUCUCAGAGUAUCUGUGGAAGUCGUUGAAGAUUGUAAUUGGAUCAGACAAGGAUUCAGUUCAUUUCUGUGACAUUCCAGAACCACACCUUGACCUGAUUGACGAUGAGGUCGAAAGAAGAGUCAGUGCGAUGAGAGAAGUCAUUGAUAUUGCCAGAACUUUGAGAGAGAGGAAGGGAAUCAGCACAAGAGUAAGUGUUGGGAGUUUUGAUACUUAAAAAGAAAAACGAUGAGAUAAAUUAUGUAGACAUAAUAUUUUACAUUUUUAAAUAGAAAACAGUUUUCUGUUAAUUUGAAAUUUCAAUUUUUAAUUAAAAACAAAGAUAUGAAAGGCUAAAACUAAUAGAAUUUAUGAUACAGUACCCUCUGAGAGAAGUUGUCGUUGUUAACCGCAGCCAACAGUUCCUGGACGACGUUCUGAGCCUAAAGACCUACAUUCAAAGCGAAUUGAACUUGAAGGAAGUCACAGUGUCCCAAGACAAGUCCAAGUACGGUGUCCAACUCAAAGCAGAGCCUAAUUUCAAACUUUUGGGCAAAAGACUGAAGGGAGAUCAGAAGAAGGUUGCUGAAUACCUAAAGAAUACCGUAACGGAAACCGAGUUGGAAGACCUGAUCUCUAACUGCAAAAUCACGGUACAUGGCUACGAGUUGACGUCGGAAGAGGUUGGUGUAGCAUUUACUUGUGACUCAAAGUCUGGAGGAAACUGGGAAACUCAAGCCGGUAACCAAACUGUGGUUCUUUUGGAUUGUACUGAAGACGAAGCGUUGUUGGAAGAAGGUCUGAGCAGAGAAAUCAUCAACAGAAUUCAGAAGUUGAGAAAGGAAGCCAAGCUGCAACCCGACGACGCUGCUUCCGCCUACUGUACAUUUGAGCCAGCUGAAGGACAUUUAUUGAAGACGGCUCAAAAGUUCUUGGAAUCCAUCUCGAAAUCGACCGGAACGACAGUCAAAUUGAAUGAAAAGGCUGGAGAAAAGAACGUUGUUGCUUCAAACAAGAGUGAGAUCAGAAAUGAACAAAUUGAGGUAGGUUUUGGUGGUUUACCACAGUUUAACAAGGGUGAUAUAAUACUCUAUAGAACAAAAUGGGUAGUUUAUUAGUAGGAAUUGAAUGGUUUUGGUCUAAAAUCGCUACUUUCAGGUCAAUCUUAUCCUUGGAGCUUAA